AUGGUAUUGUUUCAACUUAAUAAUCAAAUACUUCAGAGGAUUAAUGACUGCAAAACAUGCGAAAAGGUUACUCUAACAAUCAAUAACGUCGAAUUCAUCAUUAACAAAUACUUCGCAGUUGCAAUUUCAAAAAUGUUUUAUGCAAACUAUCUUUUAGACAAUAAUAAUGUCAGCAUUGAUAUUACUACAGAAAUAGGAACGCAAGAUACAUACAAUAUCUUGAAAGACAUCCUUCAAUAUCGGAAAAGAGAAGUUGAAUGCGACGAAAGUGUUUGUAAAGAUCUCUUUCAUAUUGGAGUGAAACUUGAUAUUAAUGAUCUGAUUGAAUUUUACAAAAAUCAUUUCAUCGAUAAUGCAACUAUCGACAUAAAUAAUUGUUUUGAUUUACUUGAAUUCUAUUUCGACAUAUCUUCAGAAGAAAAAACGAAUGAAUGUGCAGAAUUCAUAUCUUCACAUUUCUUUGAAAUCGAUGAGAAUAAAUUCAAGACAAUAUCGAACAAACUUGGAUUUGACAUUGUCCAAAGAAUAAUCAAGAGUGAUAAACUGAAAAUCAAAGAUGAAGAUUCAUUAGCGAAAUUUGUCAUUUGCCUUGCAAGAGAAAGUGAAACAUUUUAUCAACUGAUUGAACAUGUUCGAUUAGAGUUUUGCAGCAAACAAAUAAUUGAUGAAAUUCAAAACUUGAGUAACGAAAAUAACUAUAGUAUCAUCAUCAACACAUUCCAUGAUUCAUUAUUGCGAUCAAGACCUCCAAAACAUAACUAUAUUCGUUACAAUAUUCAAAACGAAUUUUUACAAAAUAUUUCUGAACUAGAGAAAUCAAACGAUUUCUCGAAUAUAUAUAAAUUUUUAGAUAAAAUAUCAAAAGACAAUAAUCGAAUUAUGACAUCAAUUGCAUUCAAUGAACUUGCAGAAACAAAAGAUUCAUACGGAUUUUAUAUUAUUCAUAAAGCCGCUGAAUAUGGAAAUCUCCGCCUUGUUGAACGCCUUGUUGAACAUGGUUUUGAUAUCGAAAUCAAAAAUAAUAAUGGAGAUACUCCACUCAUUUGGGCAUCAUAUUAUGGUCAUCUUGAAGUUGUUCAAUAUCUUAUCUCAGUUGGAGCUGAUAAAGAAGCAAAGAAUAAUAAUGGAGAUACUGCACUCAUUUGGGCAUCAAGAGAUGGUCAUCUUGAAGUUGUUCAAUAUCUUAUCUCAGUUGGAGCAGAUAAAGAAGCAAAGGAUAAUUCUGAAAAUACUCCACUCAUUUGGGCAUCAUGGAAUGGUCAUCUUGAAGUUGUUAAAUACCUUAUCUCAGUUGGAGCAGAUAAAGAAGCAAAGAAUAAAGAUGGAUGGACUCCACUCAUUCAUGCAUCAUAUUAUGGUCAUCUUGAAGUUGUUCAAUAUCUUAUCUCAGUUGGAGCUGAUAAAGAAGCAAAGAAUAAUAAUGGAGAUACUGCACUCAUUUGGGCAUCAAGAGAUGGUCAUCUUGAAAUUGUUCAAUAUCUUAUCUCAGUUGGAGCAGAUAAAGAAGCAAAGGAUAAUUCUGAAAAUACUCCACUCAUUUGGGCAUCAUGGAAUGGUCAUCUUGAAGUUGUUAAAUACCUUAUCUCAGUUGGAGCAGAUAAAGAAGCAAAGAAUAAAGAUGGAUGGACUCCACUCAUUCAUGCAUCAUAUUAUGGUCAUCUUGAAGUUGUUCAAUAUCUUAUCUCAGUUGGAGCUGAUAAAGAAGCAAAGAAUAAUAAUGGAGAUACUGCACUCUCAUAUGCAAGAGAUAAGGUAAGAGAAUAUCUAAAAUCUAUUGGAGCUAAGUAA